AUGCAAGAUCCCUUUGAGUCCAUCACUUUUGGCAAUUCCCUUCUGCUAAGAGUGGAUGGUGCCAUUGGUGCCAUGUCACUUUCGCCCAAUGGGAGGGACGCCGUGCUAGCAGGGCGUCGAGGUCUUUUCAUCAUCGAUUUAGAUGACCCUUUCACCACCCCUCGUUGGCUCCAUCACAUCACUUCAUGGGAAGUGGCAGACGUUCAAUGGUCUCCCCAUCAUUUCGCCAAACCAUCGUGGUGUAUUUCCACCUCCAACCAGAAGGCGUUGCUCUGGGACCUUUCCAGACCGUCAGAUAGUUCCAUUUUGAACGUCCUCCACCAACACACCAGGGCCAUUACCGACAUAAACUUCCAUCCCCUGGACCCAGAGAUCCUCGCCACCUGUUCAAUCGAUACUUACAUUCUUAGCUGGGAUAUGAGGACCCCCAGGAAGGCGGUAGACCAAUGGGCCGAAUGGCGGGCUGGUGCUACCCAAGUCAAAUGGAACCACCACAAUCCUUAUGAGAUCGCUUCCAGUCACGACCAUUCGUUCUACAUCUGGGACACUAGAAAGGGGGCGUUACCGGUGCUACGGGUCGAGGAUGCCCACCACGGGAAAAUCAAUGGAAUUGACUUCAGUCACGGGCUUGACCAGGUCAUCACUUGUUCCAACGAUGGUACCAUCAAAUAUUGGGACCUCACCACGUCUGCUGCCAGGCACACCAUUGAUAGUUUCAACUACUUCGACCGGGCUCGCGGUAAUACCAUCGACCCAUCGAUUAUCAUCAACACCGAUUUCCCGGUGGCUCGUGCCAGGCACCUCCCGUUUGGUAGUGAAGAUGCGUGCGGUGUGAUGCCACUUCGGGGCGGCCAGGAUUCGGUCCAUAUAUUGAAUGUCAACGCUGCAUUGGACCAAUACAGGACCACUCACCAUACCCAGGUGUUGGACUUUGAACCUGUUCAUCUGUUUAAGGGCCACCAGGGACCCAUCAAGGACUUCCUUUGGCGGAAACGUCAUGGGAAUUAUGAGGACUGUGCUACCACCAGAGAUUGGACUGAUUACCAACUUGUCACUUGGUCACUGGCGGACUACGACUUGAAGCUUUGGCCCAACGAGGACGAAGUGUAUCAGAAGGUCAACUAUAACCCCUUGCACCAGAAGGUAUUGAAGUCAGUGCCCAUCGAUACUUAUGACACUGGUACCACCGUCAGCAGUGCCAGCACAUCGCCUAAUAGUACAGUUAGUGGUACCGACCGUGGUGGUGAGCGCGGUGGUUUUGGUACCAAUGGAUUUGGCGCCAGCUCAUAUGGCACCAAUGGCGCGAAUGGUGCCACGCUUGGUGGCUCAGACGGUACCAUGCCGCACGGUUACUUAUACAAUUCCUACGCCAUUGAACCACCAGUUAAUCUUACCAAUAUCAUCACUAAAAACCAUGGGGAUAUCCUCCUGUCUAUGGCAAUGUUCCAGAUCGCCAAGAAACACAAAAACCUCACCAUUCUCCCCACACAGUUGAACCAUCUUGACUGGAUCUCGGGAGUUCGUAUUGGUACGGCCAACGAUACUGAGGAUCGGUUGACUGACAACCCCACCAACUUGGGUGAAGAGGUCAGUAUGGUGGCCCAUACAUUCCCUAAGGUUCGGUUCGAAAAGAUCUCCGUGUCCACUGGGGAGCUUAUUUUAAGUUUACAAGGUCCAGUGCCAGUGGCGGUCCAGACCACUACCGCGAAGGCACAGACCGCCACUGCGAAAGUCGCGGCAAAAAUCGUGGCCACCGCCAAAGCCACUACCGGUAAACUGGACGGUGUUCCUUCGCCAAAUCCUCAGGAAGACGAUAAACCCGAUGAUACACAAACAGUCAUUGAUGAAACCAGACCUACGGACGAAGAUGACACCGAAGAACAGAAGCUUAUCUUCAUUCGUCUCCAGAUCAACUUCCCGCGAGCCUACCCGUUCCUCGACCCACGAGCCUCAGCCACCGCGCUGAAGAAAUCCCUCCGCCAAAACUUCAUCUCCUUCGAGAUCGAGGAGACUCAUGAGUUGACCAAGGAAGUUAGGGAGGAAUUUCUCGCUAACUUGAAGGAGAUCUCCCAAUUCUACGCCAAUAGACACCAGAGGUUCUGUCUCGAGCCAUUGUUGCGGUACUUGAUGGGGGAUAAGAUCGUGCUAGAUGAUAAUUUGGUGGCCGUAGAAACCCCCAUGGAGGAAGACGACGUAGAAGUGGGCGAGGAAGGAUGGGCUGAUGAUUUAAUCAACCAACAGCCAGGUUCACCCCUUACUUCUCCUCCGAGUGGACCUACGUCCCCAGAUGACGAAGGGUAUGAGUCGCCAGAUUCCGAGUCCUUGGACGGAGAGUUCUCAGACUUCAUGCCAGCAUUGAACGAUGAGGAAAUGAUCAAUAGCACGGGGUCUUUAGGUCGAGCUCUGGCCACCGAUGCUCCUGUGGUGGUAGAUAACUCCAGAUUCUUCGACUCCACGCCUAUUCCCAAGGGUUGUGGGGCGAUGUGGUCCCGUACGGGUCAGUUGGUGUGUUUCUUCAUCCCUAAGAACACUGAAGAGGAAGAUAACAAGGCUUUACAGAAAUUUUCCAUCUUCAAAUUCACCGACGCUGGGUUUAGUCUUACCCAGGGAGGCCAGCACGAUCAUUCGCACGAGACCUCGCAUGCGGUUUCGCACCAUUCGCACCAUUCUGAUAGCGACUAUAGUGAGGAAAGUGACGACAACGCUUCCACCACGUCGUCCGACAGUUUCACCAACGACUGGGACGAUAUUGAAGAAGAGGACUUAACGUCUCGUUUCCGUGUACCGGGGCUCUUCAAGACAUCGGUAGGACUCGGGAACAGAUACGUUUCUAGGGCCACCAAUCGUAUGAAGACCGUCACCAGUGGCGGUGGCACUGGGUCCAACUAUAAGUCGUCACUCCCGGGAGCUCUGGUGGACUUAAAGAAGAAGAAGAAAGCUGAACGGAACCAUAAAAACAAAAACAUCGUAGGGAUCUUUGACUUCAAGCAUUUACUCCCCGAUAAAGAAGAGCUAGCACGAGAAUACCGUGUGUUAGGGGACUCUCCCGAGAACCUUGCGCGGUACAAUAGCUCGGUGGCCCUAAAAUAUGGUCUCAACGAUAUCGCCAACGCCUGGAAGCUCUUGGAGAUGGUGUUGGUCAAGGACAUUCAGAUCAAUGAUAUCCAUCCGGUGUACUAUUCGUCCAACGUUCUCCCCAACACCACGGUGGCCCGUAACGUGGAAGCCAUGAACCAUCUUUUGAAGGUUAGUCACAUGACCAAGAAGCUCUUCAAUGGGCUGAAUUAUCGGUUCUACUGGGGGGCCCAUCCGUUCGGAUACGCCUGGUUGGUGGAGGAGAUGAUGAACUACUUCGAACGGAAAGGGAACCUUCAAAUGUUGGUGAUGAUGCUGUGUAUUCUCUUUGAGAACGAUGAGCCUGGUCCCGCCACCCAGGGUGUAACGACCUAUCCCGCGACCCACGCACCGUACCAAGGAUCUGCGUCCUACGGGUCGACACUGUUUGGGUCCGCGCCUUAUGGAUCUUCGCCCCAUUACCACCACCGCCCACUGGCCACACCACUGCAUGAAAGUUCUUUCCAUGAGAGUUUCAGCACUGAUGCCAGAAGCGUGGACAUGCGAACUAUUCUUCCAUCAUCAGGCCAUCCAUCCCAGGCCCAUCUAUCACCAGCCCACCGUACGUCGUCCAUGAUCACAAGAAGAGAAUCUAUGACGUUUUCUUCCAGUCUAGGCAUUGCUGGAUUGGGUGCCAUGGGUAGUGGUGCCAUGGGUGGUGGUACCGGUAUGAAUGCCAUGGGAUCAAUCCCCUAUGCUCGUUCCAUAACUUCGUUAUCGGACGAUAGUCCCGAUAAGCCCCGGAAAUCCUUAGACGAACGUCUUAGGAAACAUGCCACCGCCACUGCGAGAAAGCCUCGUCCUACGCCCAAAAGACCUCCGCGCAAGGGGGGCGUAAAACCACCGCCAGAGAUUUCCAUCCACUACGAGAACGUAGCGUCACUCGACCUAUUUGACGACAUUUACACCAAACCUCUCCUUAGUUCUCAAGAUAGUGGUAAAAUUGAAGCCUACAGAGAGUCCUACGCCAACAUGUUGUACGCCUGGGGGUUACCGGCCAACCGUAUCAAGAUCCUUAAGUUCAACUACCCCAACUUUUCCCAGGAAUUCACUCCGUCCAAGUUUGUGGAACACGAGUGUAACUUUGGCUACCGUCCCCAGGCCAUCGACUUGGCCCUGGAGGUGAAAUACGUCAACCAGCCCACCAGUAUCGAGAGUGCCAAGGGGAACGUAUGGUUGGGGGAGGACCAUGGAUUGAAGUAUUGUGUUUUGUGUAACUUGCUAGUGUCUAAGAGGUUGGUUAUUUGUACUAACUGUGAGCACGUGAUGCACUCUGACUGUGCGUUGGAGUGGUGGAGCGGCGAGGACGAGUGUGGUAGUGGAUGUGGGUGUGAGUGUUUGAAUUACCGGUUGUAG